AUGACUUAAGAAUCUAGUUUUGAUUCCAAAAUAUCUAUAAACUCAGAUGAAGAAAUUAAUCAAUUAAAAAUCUGUCCCUUUUAAACUCACUUCUAAUAUUGUUAUCAGGGCAAUACUUAAAAUAAAGUAGCAAAUUAGCCAAUACCAUCUCCUGAAUAUAAAUUUAUGGGAGUGAACUAUAGUAAUAAUGAAAUAGUGAACUAUUGUUAAUCAAUAGAAAGAAAAUUAGAUAACAGUAAAUAACAGGAUCAAAUUAGAAAAUAAUUUACUAUUAAUGUCAACAAGAGUGUAGACAUAUGUUCAGAUAAUAAAAGAAUUUAAAAAAGCAAUAAAAUCUAAAUAUAUAGUAUGCAAUAAAUUAAAAUGAACAAACAAGCAAAGAAAAAUGUGAAUUAAAAUAAUAAUUUGUCUUUAUAAAAACCUAGAAAACCAAAAAAAAAUACAACAACAAAUAUAAAAAAUUUAUCUCCUCAUGGUAUAUUGAAAGCUAGUUCUUUUGAAGGACUACAAAGCCAUAGUUCUAAUAAUCUAUCUUAUUAAAUGUUUUCUAAUAAGAAAGUAUAAUUUGAAUUCACUUAAGAAUAAAUCAAAAGUAUGAAAAAAAUUAAGAUUGAAAAUGUCCUUAUAAGACAAAGAACAAGAUUUGUUUUAAAUUGA